AUGAGAGUAGUCGCCACAUUCCACCACCCGUCUUCAGUCGUACAAUCUCUUAAAUGCAAUCUAACGCAAGAUCAAGAACACCUGAUAGUUGCCAAAGUUAAUAGGUUGGAGGUGUUCUCCCUUCGAUCCAGUGGAUUGCACUUUGAGUGUUCUCUGGAGAUAUGGGGUCGAAUAGUAUCCCUUAAGGCCAUACCUUCCAAGGACUCAAAACAAUCGAAUCUAUUGGUGUUAACAGACCACCCGGAUCCGAAGUUAAUACCACUCACGUUGGUGCUGGAUGAUACUGGAAAUGCGAGCCUCUUAAGCAAGGAGACAAUUGAUUUACAUGAUCGUUAUGCUCGUCCUGCAGAAUUUGUGACUGAUGUGUACGUGGACCCGACUGGAGAAGUCGCAGUAGUCAGCUGUUACACAGGCCGGUUAAAGGUUAUAGAAUUCAAGAAUAGAGAAAGGACCGGGAUCCCCCUCGACAUCUCCAUACCGGAGCUAUAUAUACUAGCCAUGACACUCCUUUACACUACCAAAGACCUGUAUACGCUGUCGAUACUCCAUUACGACCACCAAGGACGUUUACAGCUCUUGUCUCGUGAUCUGGACCUUCGCGAGCUAUCCGCUUCCCCGUCUACUCUCCUCUUCAGCACUAUCCUUUCUUCAAAUGUUCCAUCGGAUUCCACGCCGUUCCUCAUACCUGUAUUGCCUUAUGUCUCUCAUGAGGAAAAUGGGGAGAAUCUGUACUCGAGUCAUCUUGGAGGUGUUGUCGUCGCUGGGUGUGGGAACAAGUUAUUGUUCUUCGAACAUGCAUCACAGGAACGACAAGAGGUCAGGAAAGGAAAGCAGCGAAGAGCAUCUAAACGGAUGUCGAGUGGGGAUCCAGCCGAAGCUGCGAAAGCUAAGGUCAAGGAGAAGGAACGGGAGACAAAGAAGAUCAAGCCAAAGAUGAGCGUGGACUGGCCUUGGAGCGAAAUCACUGCAUGGUGUCCCGCCGAUGAUCAAGGCCGAAGAUUCAUUAUUGGCGACACCUUUGGUCGACUCGCUAUGCUCGCCUUCGACGACGCAAAUGGUUUACUUCUCAUACCACUAGGCGAGACAUCUUCAGCAGUGUCAUUGACCUAUUUAUCGUCCCAAGUGCUGUACCUUGGCUCACAUUUUGGCGAAUCCCAACUACUGCGCAUCCACCAAUCUCCUUUCACGGAACGUGAUGCAGAGACGCUUCCGAUUCCGGACCACGUCAAAUCUAUUUCUGCUGUUUCCUUGCCAGGAGGUAAGGGCAAGGAACGACUUGAUGAUAGUUUAGAGCCCAGCAAGAAAGAGAGAGGUGGGCAGGUUGUUCUAGGAAAGGGAAAAUUUGUGGAAGUCCUAGACAGCUACGAGAACAUUGCUCCAAUAAUGGACGCAGUAAUGGUCGACCUAGACGGCAGCGGUCAGCCUCAAAUCAUUGCAUGUUCCGGUGGACGUAAUAGCGGUGCAUUAAAAAUUAUUCGCACUGGGGCAGACUUUCAAGAGCAGGCUGUGAUCCGUGGUAUUGAGAACGUGACUGAUAUCUGGCCUAUUCGUUCUCACUAUGAGGACAUCAUAGACUCCCAUUUAAUAGCAACCACCCUGCACGAAACUCUCGUAUUCAGUCUUGAUGGUAGAAACGCAGUUACGCACAUGGAUCCUUCGGACCACGGGUUCAUCACGAGAUCGCCUACUCUAGCUGUGGGGAAUAUCCCUCGCCGUGCAACAACACAAAAUGGAGGGCGAGUUGUCUCGUCAUACGUUGAUUCUUCCCUUGUGUUGCAAGUUUCACAAGAGAAGGUUCGUGUGAUCGAGCACGAUGCAGCCCUGGGGCUGUUCGUUCCUGUCGGAGAUGGCUGGGAUGCUACCAAAGAAGGACGGACUAUAGUUGCAGCUGCCAUCAAUUCUAGUCAAUUUGUACUUGGUCUCAGCGGCGGGAGAUUAAUACUCCUCAACUUGGGUGAAAAUGAACAAAUACAGGAAUUGAAGUACAGAGACUUCGGGGAUCGCACGUAUGGGAUGCUGGAGAUAUCGGCCGUGUCGUGUUCACCAUUCGAUACUACCAAAAAAUAUGCCACCUGCAUUGGAGUUUCAUUCUGGGGUACGAACCGAAUCGCAAUUUUGUCAUUAGAAUCCGCGACAUCCUAUCUUACCACGAUCUGCGAGAGCGACCCUCUGCCGUCUCUACCGCGUUCCUUAUUAUUGCACAACUUUGGACAAGACCACAAUCCCAAGGGAGCCGAUUACCACCCUCACGUCUUGGCCGGUUUGGUGGAUGGCACAUUGGUUUCCUUCAGCUUCAGAGAAAAAGAUCUGAAGGACAAAAAGACCUUUGCCUUGGGCGAUGUGCCUGUAGCCCUAGCCAAGUCUACAGUUGAUGGUAAGCCCGCUAUUUUUGCAAGUGGAAGCAGAGCUUCUGUGCUGUAUUGGGAUCGGCAACGACUGCAUCAAUCACCCGUUAUGAUCAAGGAUGCUGUCAGAGGAGCAAGUAUCAGCUCAUCUGCUUUCCCAUCUUGUCUGAUCCUUGCGACACGGUCAACAUUGAUGAUAGGCAAUGUCCGUGGUGUGGACAAAAUGCAGAUCAAUUCCGUCCGAAUGGGAUUGGACAACCCUCGUCGAAUUGCUCACCAUCCCACGUUGAGGGUCUUCGCAGUUGCUUGUAUUCAAACUAAGCCUAAUCGUAUUGGCGAGCCACAAGAGACGACGAGCUCCCUUAAGCUCCUUGAUGAUACAACCUUCAAUCGCAUUGCGUCAUUUGCCUGCGAAUCGGACGAAGAGGUUACCUCUGUAUUGACCCUGUCCAGUUCAGAUGUGUCUUCUGCGCGUUUCUGUGUGGGCACAGUUCAGUUCAAGCCUGGAGAGACAGAGCCAUCGAGCGGGCGAAUCCUCUUGUUCUCGCUGAACACGGGUCCCGAAUCAUCAUUUCAACUAGUGUCAUCAACACCAGUAAGCGGCUGCGUUUAUCAGCUGGUCAGCAUCCAGGGGAUGAUAGCUGCAGCAGUGAACACUUCUGUAAGAACCGCAUAUGUUUUUAUCGCAUUUGAUCCUAAUAUGACAAUACACAAGGUCAUAUUGUUCAAGCCAGAGAAGCUCAAUAACUCAACUGUGGUCUUAACCAAAGUAUCAGAAUGGAAUCACAAUUACAGCGUUACUGGUCUCGUAGUACACGGUUGUAUGCUGAUAGUUGGGGAUGCUAUAAGUUCCAUAUCCUUUGUGAAAGUCGAUGACACUACAUUGGAGAGUAUUGCGAGAGAUUACAGCCCACUGUGGCCUGUCUCCGUGGAGGCUAUGGAUGGCGAUGGUGUGAUAGGGGCUAAUAGCGAUUGCAAUCUAUUCACGUUUGCCCUACAACGCUCUGGACACCGUAGCACAUUAGAGAGGAAUGGCAGCUACUACCUUGGAGACAUGGUCAACAAGUUCCUUCGCGGCAGUCUUACAAACAUUGACAUCUCGGAGCGAAAAUCAAUUGAACCAAAGCACCUGUUCUUCACAUCAACAGGUCGCAUAGGUGUCAUUUUGGAGAUGAAUGACAAGAUUUCCUUACAUAUGACCGGUUUGCAACGGAAUAUGGGCAAAAGAAUUAUUGGACCCGGUGGUGUGCAUCACGCGACAUUCCGAGCACCUGCCAAUUCCAAGGGCCAUAGUGAUGCGGAAGCUGCUUUCGGCUUCUUGGAUGGUGACUUCCUCGAGCAAUAUCUUGGGUAUGCAGACUAUACCGAUCUGCUUCAAGGCGACAUGGAUGCGGAACAGGUCACAAUGUCACAUUCACAAAUUCAAGAUGUCCUGGAACAGCUACAAAGCUUACACUGA